AUGUCAUCAAAGCUCUUCUGCCUUCGUUCUGCGCGUCUUGCUGCGCGCCACCCGUGUCGUCGAAGAACAUUCGCUUCGGCCGCUUCUAGCCGCGCCGACCACGUUCGUAUUGUAGAAGUUGGACCACGAGAUGGGCUGCAGAAUGAGAAGAAGACUAUCCCGUUGGCGACCAAGAUAGAGCUGGUAGAGAGACUGGCGCGAACCGGCUUGACGACCAUUGAGGCGGGCUCUUUUGUCUCGCCGAAAUGGGUACCGCAGAUGGCCAACUCUGCUGAAAUACUUGAGCGACUACUCUCCUCACCGCCACACUCGUCGCAUCCCAUCACAUACCAAUGGCUCCUGCCAAACGUCAAGGGCUUCGACAACUUCCUCUCCACCUGGCAGUCCAAAUCGCAAUCAGGACACGACGCGUAUCCUACACCUCCACCCUCCCCCGGUACCGAUAAUGGCCCCGCCCUGAACACAUCCUCGUCCGAUCCCAAUGCCAUGCCCUCCGCAUCCUCCGGCGCCGACGCCAUGAACAAAAAUCACAACUCAACGCCUCCCAUACACGAGCUCUCCAUCUUCACCGCCGCGACAGAAUCGUUUACACAAAAGAACACAAACUGCUCCAUAGCCGAGUCGCUCAAGCGCUUCGAGCCGAUCAUGUCGAAGGCAAAGGAAAUGAAUCUAAAUGUGCGAGCGUAUAUUUCCGUGGCACUCGGGUGCCCGUAUGAAGGACCCGAUGUCGACCCACACAAGGUUGCGGAAUUGGCCGUGAGCUUGCUGGAAAUGGGGGCUGAUGAGAUAUCCGUAGCGGAUACUACAGGCAUGGGUACCGCGCCCAAGACGUUGGAGCUGCUGAAAACACUCAAUGCAGCUGGUGUGGAUAAGAGCGAUUUGGCACUACACUUCCACGACACAUACGGUCAAGCGCUGGUAAACUCGGUGGUCGCACUUGAACAUGGAAUCCGCACUUUUGAUGCCGCAGUAGGUGGUCUGGGAGGCUGUCCAUUCAGCCCAGGUGCAACCGGCAAUAUUGCGACAGAAGAUUUGGUGCAUUGCUUCCAUAGCUUGGGUGCCAAGACUGGAGUUGAUAUUGAGAAACUUUCGGAAGUGGGUGAAUGGAUAUCGCAAGAGCUUGGAAGGCCAAACGAUAGUAGAGCUGGAAAGGCCACUCUGUCUCAGCUACGGAAAGCUAUGAAGUAGGGGCCUAGAAAGUUGAAGCAUCCCGUCGGCUGAGGAAGAGCAUGAAACAAGACCAUCUUGGGAACCCUUGUCUGACGUAUUGGGCACAGUCUUUGCUCUUUCUCGGUACUGGGUGUACAAAGAAGGGACUGAUAUGUAGGUAGUACUACAUCUGACUUAAAUAAAACGCAGAAUACA